AGUUAACCGCGCGACCUAUUCUAAUUCUAAUUCUAAAUACAUACUGACGAUCGAGCUGAUCGAGUAAUAUCCAUCCCAAGCAACGUUGUUACGCCGAAAAAGAUAAACUUGAAACGAGAAAGAGUCGUGGCGGAAGGCUGAACUGCGAAUUGAACAGGCCGUUACGUUGUAAUUAAGGUAAUUAAGACGCGCGGUGUACCCCUGAGCCGGGCCAUAUCUCUGCUGCCAGGAGGUUGAGAAGAGAUUGACUAUGAACAGUAACCAGGUUGGGUUGGACAGCCCGGGGAGGGUCAGAUACUUUCUGGCAUAUUUUGAUUUGUGUCGAGGUUGGUUGGAAUCACUGCAAAUUGGAACAAAGUAGUACUAAUUGAAAAUGUUUCGUAAAGAAAUAAUUUAUGACUUGCAUGAUGAUAGAUUUGAUGGGUCUCUCAAUGUGCAUCAAAUCUUUACAAAGGUGUUCUUUGAUAAUAGUGAAAGCAAAAGAAAGUGUAAUGUGACCGGAAAUAUCAAAUUUGAACGUGAUGAUGAAAAAGGAAACAUUGGGCAUGGGAAGUCUUACUGCUCAAAGGAAGCAAUCUCUCGAAGAAAAGUGCAUGAAAGGAAAGAGCUUUCUAACACCAGGCCUCAUUUAAGAAGUUCAUUAAACUCAUUGGGUUCCUUGGAUGCUGCUGUAGAAGUAACUUCUGAGAUUGUGACUCGUCAUGUAGUUGAAUCAUAUAACAAAGAGGUUAUUUGUGGUUGCUAUCUGCAGAAGUUGCAAAAUCAGCUGAAUAGAGAAAAUGAAAUCGCCGGAAAGGAUGCUUUAAUAUUGAAACCCUCUAAGUUCAAUGAAAAAGAUGUUGUUAGUAAAGACAUUGUCUCAUCUGUUUCUUUGAAGAAUCGUGCAACUGAGUCUCAUCAGGCCAACACUAUUCAUCUAGCCCAGUCGAAAGAUAAGGAUUCUUCCUUCACAGAACUGGAUGAAUCUGAAUUCUCAAGAAGUAAAGAAUCUCCAAAUGUGAAUAUUGAGUUUAGUGAAUCUUCUCUUAUUGCAGUUAGUGUUGUGUUAAAUGAAGAUCAAUCUAUACAUAAAAAAUGGUCUGAUCAACGUGUGGUACAUCAUGAUCCUAAAAAAAGGUCGCUGUCUUCAUUGGACAAUGACAAUCGGCAUUCUCCCAAACAUAGGAGACUAUUGAAGAAUGACAAAGACAAUUGCUUGCUUGAAGUUCCAGUCUAUUUAGGGAAUGAAACCUUAACCUUAUGGGGAAGAACAGAGGCAGUAAUCAAUAAUAGAAGUUCUGUUAACUUUGGAAAACGUUUAUAUCUGUGUCACGAGGAAGAAAGCAAAGAAGAAUUCAAAGAACAAGCUCUGAUCAAAGAUGUUUCUCUAGGUGCAAAAUCCUACCCUAAAAUGAAGGUAAGGAAGAAAUCAAAACUGCUCUCCGAGAUCAUUUUGACAGAUCCGCAACAACAUGACACAGUGGCAUCCAAUUAUAAGGCUGGAUUAUCCUCUAGAAAGGGUGCCUGCAAAAAAAGUAAGCCAAAGAAGUGUAAAAAGUUGUGUGUAAAGGAUGGUGGUGUUUCUAACUCAGCUACCGUUAAAAAUAAAGCAUCCAGUUCUGCAAAAAAUAGGUCUUUUGGUAAAUCAAAACCACUAAAAAAGAAGAGGCAACAAAAAGGUCGUUGCAGGUUACUUCUGCGAGGCUUGAAAAGGGGUGGUGGGAAACAGCCCUUGGAUGGAAAGUGGCCUGCUUAUGCUCCAAGAACAGUGUUGUCAUGGUUGAUUCAUUCCGGGACAAUUUCGACUAACGAAGUGAUCCAAUAUCGGGAAGGUCCACAAGGUUGUUUUGUUGUGAAAGAUGGCUCAAUUACUAGAGAAGGCAUAUUAUGCAAGUGUUGUGGUGAAGUGCUAUCUAUCUCCAAGUUCAAGAGUCACGCUGGUUGCAAGCUGAACCAUCCAAGUUUGAAUCUCUUCAUGGAAACUAGUAAUAAGCCAUUCAUCUUCUGUCAGCUUGAGGCAUGGUUAGCUGAAUACAAGGCUAAGAAACCAGAUCCUCAAGCAGCACAGCUUAAUGCAAUGGAUCAAAAUGAUGAUAGUUGUGGGCGUUGCGGUGAGGGUGGGGAGUUGAUAUGUUGUGAUAACUGUCCAUCUACAUUUCAUCAGGCAUGCUUGUAUGCACAGCUUGUCGUCUUGAAGUGUGAGGAUACACCUAACUAAACAUUUGACUUCACACUGGAAGCUACCUCUGCUAAUCUGAUCCUGUUCUUAGGAACCUUGAUGCUGCUUAUUUCUUAACUAAAUGCUUGUUUGAGGACUAUCUAACACACGAUGGCUAACAGAGAGAUAUUUCAACUUGGAACUUCCAGAAGGGAGUUGGUAUUGCUCACAAUGUGCAUGCCGAGAAUGCGGGGAUGUGGUAAAAAAUACUGAAGUUUCUGCAUUCACUAAUGCACACAAGUGUAUACAAUGCGAACAUCGAUACCAUGAGGCUUGCUUGAAGCAAAAAGGCAUGGAAUGUGGAGUUGCUUCUGAUCACUGGUCAUGUAGUGACCAAUGUGAGAAGGUUUACACCCAUCUUAAGUCUCUCAUUGGACUACCGAAUCAGCUAAGUGAUGGCUUCUCCUGGACACUUUUGAAGUGCAUCCCUCGUGACAAGAACAACCAUUCUGUCCAGCAGCUUCCUCCUUUUAAUGCAGAAUGCAACUCCAAGUUAGCAGUGGCUCUUACCAUUAUGGAGGAAAGUUUUCUUCCAAUGGUGGAUCCUAAAACGGGCAUAGAUAUGAUACCUCAAGUGAUCUAUAACCGGAGAUCACAUCUUGGGAGACUGGACUAUUGUGGAUUUUAUACUGCUGUUUUAGAAGAUGAUGACAUUAUCGUGUCAGUAGCCUCAAUUAGGAUCCAUGGGACUAAGGUAGCAGAGUUACCUUUAAUUGCAACUUGCACCAAAUACCGUCGCAAGGGAAUGUGUCGUCGGCUAAUGAAUUGCAUAGAGGAGAUGUUAAAAUCAUUGAAGGUUGCGAAACUAGUGCUUUCUGCAAUUCCCAGUUUAGUGGAUACAUGGACUAUGAGGUUCGGCUUUGAACCCUUUGAAGAGAAUGAUAAAAGAAGCUUGAGCGAUAUAAACAUGAUGGUGUUUCCUGGAUCUGUAUGGUUAAAGAAGUCACUGUAACAGGCUCCCAAGACGUGCAAAGGUGAGAUAUAUUCUCUUUCCCGGGCAUUCUCUUCAACACAUUCCUCUACUUGGAAAUUAUUGCAUUAAAAUCCCUUCCAGGAGAAUUGAAGAUAAUUGAAUUUAACCUUUUAGUGCGAUUUAGGCCAAGUACGUAGAAUGUUAAGAUCAUUUUUUCAUAGGAGCACAUACAAUGUUAGGAUCUGAAGUUCUAUUCUGAAAGGUUGACCUAAUAGAAGGACGAGUCCAAAUGUUUUGUUGCAUCUUUUUUAGCUCUGAUUUUAUAUGUUGUGGUUUAAGCCAAUUGUGUUGUAUGCCUAGUUGAGUGAAUUCAGGCCACUUUGUUGACCGGACAAUAAAAUGCUUGAAACAGGAAUAGAGGACUCAUCACCCUACUUUAGAGUGCUGAAAUUGAACUAAAGGCUGUGUGAUGGAGAGAGCUUUCAAACCAGACAAGCAGGCGCUGCCGAGGAUCUUCUUUUGGUGAAAGGCGAAAGGCUGCUGCACGUUGAAUUACCAAAUCACUCCACCGAAGACCUGACUUGUCACUGACCAGUUGUCAUGGAGGAAGCAAUUGUAUGUGCAAUGCAUGGAAAUAUUUGGAGAAGCAUUUCAUCUUAAUUAAAUUGUAGAAAGAACAUCAAUGAUAGGUUGAGGGCCUAUUCAGAUUUUUUUCCAUCAUAUGGGGGGAUCUAGGGGAGUCAAGUGCCAGCUUGUGAUCUCGGCAGGUAUUGUUAGAGCAUUUCCAGCAAUUAACUAAUUACCCUCAUAAUUUGGCUAGCCACAUAAACAUGUGCAGCAAAAUUAAAAUGUAUUACAAUGAUUAGCUAUAACGUUUUUCUAUUCAUUAUUAUUAAUAAUGUUAUAUUAAUAAUUCUCUUUGUUCAAG